GAAAACGAGUCUCUCUAAACACACAAAAACAACAAUACUGAUUAUCAAAAGGAGAGAUUAAGGAAGGUUUGGGAUUUCUUGUCCAUCAAGGAAAUCACCAAAAGGAGAAGGUUAAAGAGGAGAACAUCAAUUGGUGGGGUUGCAUCCAAGCAUGGAUCAAGAAACGAGAGGAGGGCAACGUUCAGAAAGAUUCUUCACUAGAAAAGCAAAUCGAGAUUACAUCGACUAAACACGUCAAGGAUCUGCGUUUGGCUUCCUACGAAGCUAGGCAGAUCUUUGCUGUUAGCGACCUCGAUAUACUUAAUUCUUUAAAAGGGAAAUGGAAGAGCUUGAUCUUCCUCAAAUCUCUUAGGAGCUUCCGGAUGGCUAUUCUUUGAACACGUGAUAAAAACCAAUCAUUUUCUCUGCCCAGUUACCCCCAUGUUUGUCUUGGGUAGGGUUUCUGACCCGAUUGGUCGACCCGAACCACGUGGCUAUAAGAUCCACCAAACAAAUCUCAUCACGUUCACAUUUCCCGAGUCUUCUCUCAGUUUCACUUCCGGGUUUUAUCUCUCUCUCUCUCUCUCUCUCUCUUCUCGCCUCUCUGAACCAACAAAGAAGAAAAAAUGAGCUCCCAAAUCUGCAGAUCUGCUUCGAAAGCAGCAAGGUCUCUUCUCUCUUCAGCUAAGAAUGCUCGUUUCUUCUCCGAAGGACGAGCCAUUGGCGCUGCAGGUGCUGUUACUGCAUCUGGAAAAUUGCCUCUAUAUGCAUCUAACUUUGCAAGAUCAUCAGGUUCUUCAAAGAGUUGGAUCACUGGACUCUUGGCUCUUCCUGCUGCAGCCUUCAUGGUUCAAGAUCAGGAGGUUUUUGCUGCUGAGAUGGAACGCACUUUCAUUGCGAUCAAGCCUGAUGGAGUUCAGCGAGGACUGAUAUCAGAGAUCAUUUCUCGAUUUGAACGCAAGGGAUUCAAGCUUGUUGGUAUCAAGGUUGUUGUUCCUUCCAAAGAUUUCGCGCAGAAGCAUUACCAUGAUCUCAAGGAAAGACCUUUCUUCAAUGGCUUGUGUGACUUCCUUAGCUCUGGUCCUGUUAUCGCCAUGGUAUGGGAAGGAGAAGGUGUGAUCAGAUACGGACGUAAACUGAUUGGAGCCACCGAUCCUCAGAAAUCUGAGCCUGGGACAAUCCGAGGAGAUCUUGCUGUUGUUGUUGGGAGGAACAUAAUCCAUGGAAGUGAUGGACCAGAGACUGCAAAGGAUGAGAUCAAUUUGUGGUUUAAGCCUCAAGAACUUGUCUCUUACACCAAUAACGCUGAGAAGUGGAUCUAUGGCGAUAACUAAAUCCCUCUUUCUCUUUUUUUUUGACGUCCAAUAAAAUUGUUCUUGCUCCGUACCCCCCCACCCCCAAACAAUAAAAACAAAAAUCAGGUAUUACGGAUACAAACACAUUCCGGGUUUUGUAUUUUCCCGGUUAACUCAGUUAUCAGAGCUCAAGUAAUAAUAAGUAUGUGAAUGAAAUUAUUGGAUACUUAAA